AUCAUAUGUACUGAUUGUUGAGGUCUGGUGUUUGAAGGUUACGUCGUUCAUCUCUGAUGGGGUUUCUUUCGUUUUUAAAUCAUGUUCGUCUGGUUUGUCUUCUAUUCUGAAAAGCCUUAAGAGGAAGUCACAUGACGCGCUGCUCCCGCUUGACGCUGAAUGGCUGAUGACAAAGUUCCUCUGGUCUGCGGACCGUAAGAAGCUGUGAUUCAUCUCUUCUGCCACUUUGAUUCGCUCCCGCGGAGACUGGCGGAGGUCGACAUGUCUUCAGACUGCGGGGCCGGGUCGGGUCUGGAGGAGCGGAGUUCGCAUGAAGCCCGAGUGUAAGGGGAGCCGCCGCCGUCUCUGAGCUGGUUUCGCUCGUGUCGUAGCUGAGCGCGUGCGUGGACCAUGGCCUUCUUUGUGAAGAAGAAGAAAUUCAAGUUCCAGACGCAGCUGACCCUGGAGGAGCUGACCGCCGUGCCGUUUGUCAACGGAGUUCUGUUCUGCAAGCUCCGGCUGCUGGACGGAGACUUCGUCGCCACUUCUUCCAGAGAAGAGGUUCAGGAAAAUUGCGUCCGCUGGAGGAAGAGGUUCACCUUUGUGUCCAAGAUGAGUGCCAACCCCCACACUGGAGUUCUGGACCCGUCUGUCUGCAGGGUGUCGGUCAGAAAGGAACUGAAAGGAGGAAAAGCAUACAUGAAGCUGGGCUUCACAGACCUCAACAUGGCAGAGUUUGCCGGUUCUGGCUCCACCGUUCGCUGCUGUCUGCUUGAGGGAUACGACACCAAGAACACUCGGCAGGACAACUCCAUCCUGAAGGUGAUCAUUGGAAUGACUCUUUUGUCUGGAGAUCCCUGUUUUAAGAGGCCUCCAAGCACAGCCAAGUCCAUCUCUGUCCCGGGACAGGAACACGCCCUGCAGCUGGACUGUAAGGGGGAGGGAACGGCCGAGCCUGGACCGGCCGUCGGGGUUUCUCUGGGGCGGGCCCCGAAGCCUCGGCCGUCCAUCAGCUCGGGUCUGCUGGAUGAGUCAGAGGGGAACCAGAACCAGUCCACUUCCACAGAAGCGUUCCAGUCCGGUCACUCUCGUAACUCCAGUUAUGCCAGCCAGCACAGCAAAAUCUCAGGCUACAGCACAGAGCACUCCUGCUCGUCCAGCCUGUCGGACCUCACGCACCGCAGGAAUACCUCAACAGGAAGCAGCGCCUCUGGGGGUGUGGGGUUCACCGCUGAUGCUCCACUUGAAGGCGAAAAGGAUGCUGGACGUCUGGAAAAGCCGCCUCGGCCCCCACGGCCUGCACUGCCCCCAAACAGGCCUCCCAGGAGGAAGCAGGACUCUGUGGAGACUCAUCCGUCCUGGGUGAACGACACCCGCAUGGAUGCAGACGACAUCGUGGAGAAAAUCGUCCAAAGUCAAAACUUUGCCGACAUCAACAACUCUGAAGACAGUAACCUGCGGCUGUUCGUCAGCAGAGACGGGACCACGGCGCUCAGCGGCAUCAGGCUGGGAAACAGGGUUCCCGCCGGCGGAUACGAACCUGUGGUCAUCGAGAGCCACUGAAGCGCCGGCACAUUCACCUGCAGACCCUCUGCUCUAAUGUCUCUGGGUUUUCUUGGGCUUCAGCUGGUCUGGCGCCCUCUGAGGGGAAACCCUUCCGUUUGCACUUUAUGUGAAGCUGAUCGCUGGGCUCUGCGAUCUCCGGGGUCUGCCGAUCCCCGGUCUCUGCCGAUCUCCGGGCUCUGCGGAUCUCCGGGCUCUGCGAUCUCCGGGCUCUGCGAUCUCCGGGCUCUGCGAUCUCCGGGCUCUGCCGAUCGGCCCUUGUGUGUCUGUCAUUUUAAGGGUUGCUCGACAUAAAAACCCCCAUGACUCUCCUCUUUACUUUCUUUAGAUGUCAGAAAGCCUGAAGUUUUGGGAUUUCUUUCUGGUGAGGUUCAGCUGCCAAAAUCAUCCAUGAUGUGUCUCCCCAAAAAAUUAUAAUUAAAAUGAACCAAACCAACUUUUUACUUAUUUUUUGUAAAUCGCUGCUCAGUCUCACCCUUGUGCCUUCGUUCUCUGUGAGCGUACAGCGUUUGUUUAAACCUAACUUCCUGUGUGCGGCACAGUUGCUUCAGGUGAGAAAGGUGACCUGAUGUUCAAACACUCACCUCAGGUUCAGCCUCACGUUUGAGCGCCACACCGCUGCGCUUUGUUCUGACAGCCUGACGUCUUUCACUGAGGCUGUUCUUCCUCACCUUUCCCAUCCUGAAUGCUGAUGCUGACUUCAGCUGGAAGCUGGACUCAUCCCGGGUCAGCUGGGAUGUAGCCACAGGUUCUGAGCUGGUUCCGGAGAGCAGGCUGGGCUCUGCAGGACUCAACGUCCUGGGGGACACAUUGAUGAUGAUGAAUGUGUAAAAACGGUUUCUCCGUCUGCAUUCUGGGCUGUCUGUGCGUUUCCCUCUUCAGUUGGAGCAGCAUUCUUCUCUCUGUCCGGCUGCAGCUUCUUUCUGGACUUGAGCUGCGUUUGUGGGCUGAAAGCUUUCAGCAGAAACUGCCGUUUCUCCGUGUUUGAAGUCGCUCCCCGCAGAUCUGGGAUAGUUCUCCAUGUCUGCAGAGCUUCUCUUGAAUGACCAUGAAGCUCAGUGAUGGUUGUGAUGACAGAGGCUGAAGACGAGGAGAAAUGUUCCCUGUUUGAUCUGGUCUCUGCCUGAGCUCUUCAGCCGAGAAACUAACGUUCUGCUCUCUCACUGCUCCUGUCCUGUCUGCACGCGCCUCUGCUGCCCCCUGGUGGCCAUGAUCUCAGUCCCUUUGGCAUCUGGAUUCAGACUCUGAGGCCUUUUUCUCUGAUGGAGACAGCUUGGUGAUGCUAACAGAAGAGUCGUGAAGCAGCUGUCUGGAGUCUCACCAGCAGGACUGUACAGAUGUGAACAUCCAUUGUUAGGGGCGAAGAUACGUCCUCAUUCUCACAACCUCAUCAAAGCCUUUGAAAUGAUAACGUGAUGGAAGGAAUGUGCUUGAAAAUAAACAUCCCACAGCUCUCCCUCUGGUUUAUGUGACAGACCUCAGACAUUUUAACAGCCUUAACAUUGAAAGAAGCCGAUGUCAUUUGCAGACACGUGGACGUGCUGGCUGUGGUGUAGCGUUUCAGAUGUCUGGUUCUGAGCCUCUUCAGUGGAUCCAUCAUGUUUGGAAGCUCCUGUUUCCCGUUUCCUCCACCUGCUGGCUGAUCCCAGCUCAUGACUCUAGUUACUUCACUUUUUCUAAUUCAUCACAUUAGUCACUUUUGGGGAUGAACCACUGAAAGCUUCCACUAAAUUUGGGUUUACAUCACCAUGGCAACGUCUUCUCUUUUAAAGCAUUUAUUUAAUAUUUUAAGCCUUUUUGCUGGAGGUUGUUAUAAGCUACGCACACUACUCUCCUCCUGAGCUUUGUUUCUCUUUUAGUGAUUCUAACAAAUUUUAUUGUAACAAACUAGUUUGACCUAAUUGUAUAGAAGAUGGAGAUGAACCUGAGCUUCAUGUCUCCACACACUUUAGGCACAACAUGUUUCUGUGUUUUUGUGCAGAAAUGACUAAUAAACAAUAAAUUACACGUUGAA